UUUUUUUUUCCUCUUUCAGCGGCACGAACUGGGAAGUGAGUCCGAGGAAAGAGCUAAGCUCCACGGCCAUGGAGGCGACGCUGCUCGGCCCAAGCUUCUUCCAUGGCGGACCUUUCGCCGCCAAACGCAGCUCCUCUCGAGGUCUGAAGAUGAAAGGAAUUCUAUCAAGUUGCCCUCCAUGUGUGGGAACUCGGUUAUCUCUGAAGACAACUUAUGGGCACUUCAGCAGUGGACACCUGCUGCUGAAUGCCGGGCAAUUCCCCUCGAGAGCAAAGAAAAUGUUCUCUGUUUACUGCUCAACUAGUAAUGAGAAUGAAUACAUGAAUGACCAGGCUGCAUCUUUGCAAUCUCUUACUCUUGAAGCUGUCCCAGCCAGAUCAGAAGCAGGAGAAGAUUCUUCCAAUUUUCCCGAUCUCAGUAGCUCUAGGAUUCUUCAGACGAAACCUAAAGCAUUUAGAAAUAGAUUUCUGAACUUUGUCCGUCUAAGUUCUGUCCUCAAUAAUGCUGCUGAAUAUUUUUUUAAGAGCGAGAUGCGAAGGAGAUUAUUUGUGACGGCAAUGUUGCUUGUGAUAAGUCGUGUUGGCUAUUUCAUUCCUUUGCCUGGAUUUGACAGACGAGCGAUGCCUCAAGAUUAUCUCAGCUUUGUGUCAGGAUCUGCUGAUGAACUUGGCGAUAUGACAACAGAGCUUAAGUUGUCAUUUUUUCAGCUUGGAAUCAGUCCCCAGAUAGUAGCAUCAAUUCUUAUGCAGGUGCUAUGUCACGUUGUUCCCUCCUUGGUAAAGCUGCGGAAAGAAGGCUUAGAUGGCCAUGAGAAGAUUAAGAGUUAUAUAUGGUGGAUCUCCCUUGGUUUUGCAAUACUGGAGGGCAUCAUUGUGUCUUGUUAUUCUCUGCCAUAUUCAAUUUAUGCAACCACUAGCAGGGUUAAACAUGUUAUGGUGACUACUCUUUUAUUGGUCUGCGGUGCAAUGACCAUGACUUGGAUAUGUGACACAAUAUCAGAAUCAGGAUUUGGUCAGGGAUCAUCUCUGAUUAUAUGCUUGGGAAUAUUAACUGGUUACAAAGACACCUUGCUCAAGGUGUUUUCUAAGCUCUCAGGAAGUGCUAUGAGUUGGUGGCCUUAUGUGCUCGCAGUUUUGGGUAUUUUCACUACAGUCACUAUGUGGGCAGUUGUGGUGACAGAGGGCUGCAGAAAAAUUAAGCUGCAGUACUAUGGUUUUAAACUUGCAUCCUCAGCAAGAGGUGACUCCCGGAUCACAGAAGUGGAGCCUUACAUCCCUUUCAACAUCAAUCCAUCCGGAAUGCAGCCUGUUCUGACCACUUCAUAUCUCUUGGCAUUUCCCAGCAUUCUUGCGAGUAUCCUGGGUUCGCCUUUCUGGGAGCGUGUCAAGCAGAUUUUGAACCCUGAAAAUUCAAUCGGUGCUGAGCCAUGGGUUUACUAUUCGAUAUAUGCUUUUUUCGUCUUCUUAUUCAACAUAUUUGACAUUGCCAACUUGCCAAAGGAAAUUGCUGAUUACUUGAAUAAGAUGGGUGCCCGGAUACCCAAUAUUAAGCCUGGGAAGGCUACCAUUGAGUACCUUACGAAGAUCCAAGCAUCAUCUCGUUUUUGGGGUGGUCUUUUGUUAUGUAUUCUAGCAACUACAUCCAGCAUUUUGGAUCACUACUUACGCCGUAUGAAUGAAGGAUUUACAAUUGGGUUGACGUCCGUGUUAAUCAUUGUGGGUUCAAUCAUUGAAUUAAGAAGAUCCUACCAGGCAUACAACGUAAUGCCCAGUUUGAGCAAAGCUCUUAGACGAUAUGGUGUAUAACAUUAUCAGAGGAGAGGAAGUCUCUGUUUCAAGUUAGAUGGUGAGAACAUCGAAGUCUUCUUAUGAAUAUGGAAGAACAUACUCCUAGGCUCUAAUCAUCUUUUGUUCCCCCAUGUAUUCUGCUUGCUAAUGAAAAGGAGAAGGCUCCUGCAAGGAGCGAAGUGCAAAUGCCACAUUGCACCAGCCUGCAAGAGCUGAUGAUCGAAAAACAGACCAAGCCUCAUAAUGUUAGGAAAAAGGCAUUGUCUUCAAGAUGGUUGAUGACUGCAAGCUUGUCAGUCUGGAUUACUGCCAACUUGAUGGUAACCUCAGAGGUCGCCGCUUGCCCUAUGUAAGGUCGAGCAUCCAAAUAUUGUCGACAAUAAUCCUCUAUUGGUGUACAAGUGAGAGGCCUUCAGGACCUGGGUGGUACUCUGAUUUGCUUAGAGGUGUAUAUUACCGGACAUGUCGGUGUUUUCCCGCCUCAGAUACUUAAGUGUUGCUUUCCUGCAAGGGGAGUUGCCUAGUAACUUUGGAUCGGCAUCUGUAGCUAUUAUCAUCGAGUGUUUUGGCAAUGUAAUUCGUAUGUUUAAUCCUGUUCAUUAGCUAUACUCCCCUCAUUCUACUCACAUAUGUAAUUAACUUAAUAGUCACCCUAAGUUAAUGGGUACAUUCAUCAUCUUACUUGAGGCAAAAUACAUAAUCCAUUUCAAUACACGAAAGUAGACUUCUCC